UGUACUUAUAUAGAAAUCGAACAAGUACCAAAAACGUACGCAGUUGUCCUGAGCCGUCCAUCCUGGCUAUGGGGUGCUGAAAUGGGAGCCAAUGAAUGUGGAGUCUGCAUUGGGAAUGAAGCCGUAUGGGGAAAAGAAGACGUCUGCAGUGAUGAAGCACUCCUUGGCAUGGACCUUGUCAGGCUUGGACUUGAAAGAGCAGAUACUGCAGAAAAAGCUGUCGGUGUUAUUGUUGAAUUGGUGGACAAGUAUAAUCAAGGUGGAAACUGUAUGGAGAGUCAAAUGACAUUUACCUACCAUAACAGCUUUUUGAUAACAGACAGAAAAGAAGCUUGGAUUCUGGAAACAUCUGGAAAGCACUGGGCUGCAGAGAAAGUAAAAGAAGGAACACGGAAUAUUUCCAACCAGCUAUCCAUCACAACAAAAAUUGACCGUGAACAUCCAGAGCUAAGGAAUUAUGCUUUAAGCAAAGGCUGGUGGGAUGGUAAAGAAGUAUUUGAUUUUGCUGCCACGUACUCAUAUGUGAAUACUGCCAGAAUGACAACUGCAAGGGGCAGAUACUGUGAAGGCUAUAAACUAUUAAAGAAAUAUGCAGGCAACAUAACAGCUGAGACAAUGAUGACAAUUCUUCGAGAUAAAGAGAGUGGUCUUAACAUGGAAGGUGCCUUCAUGACCACGGGAAGCAUGGUUUCUAUACUUCCCCAAGAUCCUAGUCUCCCUUGUAUUCAUUUCUUCACUGGAACUCCAGAUCCUGAUAGGUCUGUUUUUAAACCUUUCAUUUUUGUGGAAAAUAUUACCCAGCUUCUAAAAACCAGCUCUCCAGUAUUUGGCCCUGAGGAUCCAGUUAAAAAGAAGCCACGAUUUCAUACAAAGCCAGAUAGGAGACAUGAGCUCUAUCAAAAGCAUGAACAGGCAAUUGCCAUGAUGGAGUCCUCAAAGGUGGGUUGAUCUUGGAAUUGUGAUUUAAUUUUGAAAUUCAAA